UCAAUUAUGUUACUCUCAUCGUGUUGAUGACAUCGAAUUAUUGAAUGAUGAUGAUGACAACCCACAUGUCUAUAGUCAGAUAAGAGUAUCCACAAGUUUGUUUCUGUUGCAGCUGAACUGACGUUUCAGCUACUAUUACUUAUUAUUAUUAUUAUUAUACAUUCAUGCCGAUUCAUGUGUAAAAAAUAUGACUGAAUAUUCCUGCGGUAUUGUUACAAAUGACCAUCACACUGAUAUCGUUUUAAGACCAUAUAGCAAUCGGACGCUGUUGAUUGUAACGCAUUUCAAAAAAUUCGGCACUUUAUUGAUGAUAAAUCGUGAGUCCUCUGUGAAUGGUUACGCAAGUGAUGUAUUCACAAUAAAGACACUCUUUGGUAGUGACAACAAUGACGUUCAUGUAGCUGCCAGAUAUAUAGCGCAAGAACUUAACAUUGAGAAACCUUUAUUGCUAUCGAUAGCCUUGAAAGAUUAUAACGUGAAUACUUUAAAAUCUAUUGUUGCUGCUGUAAAUCAGAUAAAACCGUGGUAAUAUAAUAUUUACCGCAUCACUAUGAGCUUAAUUUUUGGACAGCUGGUUAUCGGUCCACCCGGUAGUGGAAAAACAACAUAUUGUAAUGCAAUGUCUAAAUUUCUCGAGUCCCUUGGAAGAAAAGUAGCUGUUAUUAACAUUGAUCCAGCAAAUGAAAACAUGGAAUAUAAUCCGGCAAUAGAUAUAUCUGAAUUAAUUAAACACGAAGAUGUUAUGACGGACUGUGGACUUGGGCCAAAUGGUGCUUUAGUACAUUGCAUGGAAUUUUUAGAAAUCAAUGUGCAGUGGCUUAUCACAAAAGUUUUGAAUUUAAAGGAUCACUAUCUCAUUUUUGAUUGCCCGGGUCAAGUUGAAUUGUAUACACAUCAUAAAUCAGUGAGUCGGAUAACAGAGAAAUUGAGUGAGAAUUUAAUAAGAUUGUGCAGCGUGCAUCUUAUAGAUUCACAUCAUUGUAGCGAUCCUGGAAAAUAUUUAUCCUCUCUGAUUCUUUGCACAACAGUGAUGUUACAAGUAGGUUUACCUCAUGUAAAUAUUAUGACAAAAUUUGAUGAAGUGAAGAAGUUUAAAGAUUGCCUAGCGUUCAAUAUAGAUUUUUACACAGAAGUACUGGAUUUGAAUUAUCUCUUAGAACAAUUGGAUGAAGAUGUUUUUAUUGGAAAGCACAAGAAACUUAAUAAAGCGCUAAUAUCGAUAAUCGAGGGCUAUAGUCUUGUCAGUUUUAUACCAUUAGAUGUUUCUAAUAAAGCAUUGUUGUUAGAAGUGAAAAAAGCGGUGGAUAAAGCCAGCGGAUAUGUUUUCGGUGGUAAUGAGCCACAAGACGUUCAAACAUUACUCGCAUGUGCGGUAGGAGCUGUCAGUGAAAACGAAAAAAUGUCAACAAUGGAUGAAUAUUUAUGAGCUCUUCAGUAUAACUCUGGUACAUCAAAAUUACAUCAAGUAACUCUUAUGAUAAAAUUUGAUUUAAAAAAUGAUCGAGUUCAGAGAUUGCCUAGCACUCAAUAUACAUUUUUAUACAAAAUUAUAAGUAUUAUCUAUUAGAACAAUUGAAUAAAGAUCUCUUUAUAUUACACAAA